AGGGCAGGACUGCAGAGGCCUCCGUCAAAGAGGAAGUCGGUCUGGCUGAGUAGAGAGAACAACCUGGGGAGCCGGGAAGCGGAUUCCGGGAAGCGGAGUCUGUGACGGGGCUUGGAGAUUGAUUCCUCUCCCAGCGCCGCCCCCCUUUCCGUGUGGGCUCUCAACUUCCAGAACCCUCUGCACCUACCAACUUGAUGUCCGGCGUUAAGUUAUGGCACGUUGGUGCUUCAGCGCCCCUGGUGCCCAUCGAGGACUUGGAGAACCCGAAGUUCAUCGGCAAAGGAGGAUUUGGCACGGUCUUCCGGGCGCAGCACAAGACUUGGGGUUUAGACGUGGCGGUCAAGAUCGUUAACUCGCAGGCGAUAUCCAGGGAGGUGAAGGCCAUGGCAGGUCUGCAUAACAGCUAUGUGCUGCUCCUGCUGGGGAUCACAGAGAAGCUGGAGUGGGACUAUGUAUCUGGGCCGGCUCUGGUGACUCAGUUCAUGGAGAAUGGUUCCCUGGCGGAGCUGCUACAGCCCCAGUGCCCUCGUCCCUGGCCGCUUCUCUGCCGCCUGCUCCAGGAGUUGGUGCUCGGGAUGUGCUACCUGCACAGCCAGGACCCUGUGCUCCUCCAUCGGGACCUCAAACCCUCCAACGUCCUGCUAGACUCAGAGCUCCAUGCCAAGCUAGCAGACUUUGGCCUGUCCACAUUUCAGGGAGGUUCACAGUCAAGGGCAGAAUCUGGGGAAUCAGGUUGCACCCCAGCCUACUUGGCCCCAGAACUGCUGGCUGAUAUAAACCGAAAGGCCUCCAUGGCCAGUGAUGUCUACAGCUUUGGGAUCCUGAUGUGGGCGGUGCUAGCCGGAAGAGAAGCUGAGGUGGCGACCCAGAUAUCACUGGUGCGGGAAGCAGUGUGUGAAAGGCACGUCCGACCCCCAUUGGAUGAACUGCCCCAGUCUGGCCCUGAGAAUCCUGGUUUGGAAGGACUGAAGGAUUUAAUGCAGCGCUGCUGGAGCCAUGACCCCCGGAAUAGGCCCUCCUUCCAAGACUGCCGACCCAACACCCAGGGAGCCCUCGAUCUGGUAAUGAAACAAGAUGUAACUUGUAAGAAGAUGAAUGCCGCGGUCUCCACAGUGAAGGAGUUCUUGUCUGAGCACAAGAGCAGCAGCAGCUUGUUGUCUGUCCGUGAGCCAGGCCUGGAAAGUCCAGAAAUGGAUGGCCUUAGGGGGAGCACAGGAAGCCAUGAUUCUGUGGUCUCUGAAAUGAUGAACAGCCUGAACCUGGAGGAGUACCCCAGCUCUGUUCCUGAAAAAUGUACAAACCCUCCUGAGAGGAUCAGGGCCCAGAAAGAGCAGGUUCAGCCUACCUGGACAGCAGAGAUACCUUCAGAUUCAACAGCCCAACCUCCUCAAACCCCAGAGACCUUACCUUUCAUGAGCCAGAAGCCCAGCCACACCUCAGCUUGGCCCCCAGGCCCUGGACCCCAAGAGAAUCAGGGGCCUGAAAGACGUGGCACCAACUGGUCUCCCAUGGCACCAGGGCCAAAUCCAAUAUCAGGGCCAUGGUCUUCUCAGUUACUUUACAACCAAGGGGUGCAGAUUGGAAACAGCAACUACAUGGUUAUAAAAGGAAGAACUGCCUCAUCCACGCGGGGCCCGGUACCUUGGGGCAUGAAGAAGGGCCCCCAGCACAAGUAGCUUUCAAACAACUAGAAAGAAGGACUGCAAGAAACGGAAGCCUGGAGUGGGCCACAGGGCUGGUAUCAUGAUAGCAGUAUCAAAGCAGCUUCUGAACUGCCUUCUGGAAAACCCAGCAUUCUCUGAGGGUCAUUAGGCCUGUACCCGAACUGUCUUUGUUCCCCCAGGACUCAAUAAACUUGGUGGAAUUUUAGCCCAA